UCACCUGAGUGACUUGAAGGCCGCCGGAACUAGCGCGCACCUGUUAUUUUUAUUUGGAGUAGAAGAAUAGCAACACGAGCGUGCUCAGUUUUGUGUUGAGCCCUUGAUUUUUGUUAUCUGCCAUGAAGGACCCAAGCCGUAGCUGCAGUACUCCAAACAUUGUGAAUGAUGACGUGAUCCUAACUACACAAGCGUACAUUGAUGACAAUCCAUUUGCAGAGUACAUGUGGAUGGAAAAUGAAGAAGAGUUUAAUAGACAGAUAGAAGAGGAGUUAUGGGAGGAAGAGUUUAUUGAAAGAUGUUUCCAACAAAUGCUGGAAGAGGAGGAGGCACGUGAGUGGUUUAUUCCAUCCCGCGACUUCCAGCCAUCCUUGGACCAACUGCAGGAUCAGUUUAGUGGCUUGGUCGUUGCUGAUGCUACAGCACUUGAUGAUCUUGUGGUAUGUAUUCACAUUUUGUUUUUCGCCUCUCCUUAUUUACAGAUUAUUUUUAAGCUGCAGCAUGUAUUAAUCUGGAAAGAGAAGCUAAUGUAUGUUCAGUGUGUGAAAAGUUUACUUGCUCCCAUCCAAACUGUAAUAAAACAUUGA